AUGUCAGGAAAGGGAUCUUCGCAGUCUGAUAAACGGUCCAGCCGAGAUGAAUUGAAGUUUAAAUUGAACAGGUUGCAGGAACAACAAAAACAUCAAGAAGCUCUUUCUCAUGUUAAUUCUGAGGACCCCAGUUUACCAUUUUCCAAUGUCUUGAGUAAGAGAGAUAAUAGGGCUUCGUUACCUGUUUUUGCAGGAAGCUCUGCUCAUGCAGGUGUCAUAAAUGCCAAUUCAGGCGAGGAUGUGAACUUUGUUGUUGGUUUAAGCGAGAACUUACUCGUCGAAUGCAGACGCUUACAAGCACAGAACGAACGUAAGUCCGCCAAAUUAUCCUCUUUGCAGGCCGACUAUGAAAAGUUGAAAAUAAAUCUUGAGCGGUUAACAGUGAAGCAUGAAUCUAUGACCAAAAAUGAGGAUUCUUUAAAGGACACUAAUUGGCGACAAGAAAUGAAAUUGCAAAGUUUAUCUAAGGAGUUCCAAGAGUUGACUGAAAACUUCAAUAAAAAUAAAAGUGAACUUGAAAGGCAGAUUGAGCUUUCUAAGGAUAUGAAAACUGAACUGGAGGAAAGUUCUUUGGAACGUAUGGGAUUAAAGUCCGAAUUGGCUUCUAGUAAAAAAGUUCAUUCGAAUGAAAUUAAGGAGCUGAAAAGACAUGUGGAAGAGUUGAACAAUGAGAAUGAUCAGCUGCAUAAUAAAGUUAACAUGUUGAGUGAGAAGGUCACUUCAUUAACAAAAGAAAUAGAAGAGAGGAAAGGCACCUCUGCACAGGGCAAAGACGAUACUGCGAUUGCUACAUCAGAACAAAAACCAUCACCUGCCGUAAAACUGAUCGGAGGAGGUAUGGAGGGUUCCGAUGAUAGUUCCUUGAAGAAACCGAUUGAUUCAAAUCUAGAAAAUCAGACCUUAAAAGCCAACUUAAAUCAUGCUAAUCAGUUAAUUGUAAGAUUAAAGCAGAAGCUCAACAGAGUCAAGGCUGACAGCACCAUGAACUCUCCAUUACCUUCAAAGUCUCCCAGAGGUAAGAAUAAAGGCGGUUUAUCUUUUAUAGGAUCUGCUUCUACUCCUCAAAAGUCCAAUACUUCCAGCUUCAAUUACGAAGUUACAGAUAAUGAAUCAGGUGACUGGAAUGUAAUACCAUCGCCUGGCAAGUCAAGUAAUGCUGAUAUCAGUGAUAUUGACGCUGAAAGUUUUGUUUCGGAAACUAUGGACUAUGUGAGAGACCCCAUUUCGGAGGGCCCCUUUGAACAUGAUGAAGACUUUAUUAAUGAACUUGACUAUGAAGAUAUAGAAAGAUACGCAAAAACGCACAAUUUCGCACUUGUCCCAAUUACUGAACUAGAUGAAUUAAAAAAAUCGAAAACUCCUAGCACAAUCUCAGAUGACACAUUAUCAAAGCAUAUUCUUUCCAGACUUUCUACGCUAGGGUAUUUUGAUACUUCUAGUUUAACAAAUAAUGAGAAAGUGGAUAUAGAAGAGAUUUUUAAGCAUCCCACUGAGGAUUAUCUAGUUUCGAAUCUGAAGAGGCUCAACCUCACUGCUAUCAAAGAAGAAGAGUACCAAUCAUUGAAUGAUCCAUCGAUGGAAACUUUGAAAAAAUCAUUAGAAAGUAAAGACUACACUGCGUUAAGUAAAAAGGACUAUGAGAAUUUGCUUCAUGCUUCCGAAAGUCCGUCCCUGUCAUAUCUCGAGAGUAAGGCUCACAAGCUUCAAAAAACCAUUAUCGACAUUGAUGAGUAUGAAAAUUUGAGGAAACCGGAUGUUGAGGCAUUAACAAACCAUGCCCAGUCCAGAGGACUUCAGGUAUUGAAACAGUCACAAUUGACUGAUAUAAAAGCUAAAUUGGAAAGCCCGUCUGAAGAAUAUUUGCAGGCCAAAGCAGAUGCAAAAGGAUUAACUGUACUAACGAAGAGUAAAUUGUCCCAACUCACUGAACCAAGUAUCGAAGACGUCCAACAGUUAGCUACCACUCACGACCAUAUUUUAAUAUCUAACAAAGAUUACCAUGAGCUACUGAAUCCUUCUAUCGAUAAAGUGGAAAAAAUUGCUGCAAAUCACAAACUCUCGGUAAUACCUGAUAAGGAUCUAAUUGAUCUGAAAUGCAAAGCUGAAAGUCCAGAUAUUAAUAGGUUGAAAGAAUGUGCUAAGUCAAAAGAUCAUGUUCUUCUUCCAAAUGAGGAGCACACCAGACUAAUGCAUGGAAACACUCAUCCUUCAAUUGAAGCUAUUCAAUCAUCGCUUUCUAGUGACGAUAUGGAGUCUUUAUUGCUGUGGUUGGCGGAAAGAAAGUCCAUAACACCUAUACGCACCACUGAGUAUCACAAAUUAACAGAACUAGCUAAUACUCCUCCACUGGAUCAUCUAAAGAAAGCUGCCAAAGCUUUAGAUUACACCUUGCUCAGUCAAGCUGAAAUAGAGAACCUAAGAAACUUAGCUCAAAAUCCUCCCUUUGAACACCUGAAAGAUAAACUACUAGCUCUCAAUUAUACUAUUAUCAAACAGGAGGACCUUCAUAAGUUGAAGGAACAGCUAGAAUCUCCAACUUUGAACUUUUUAUCGGAAAAGGCAGCAGAGAAAAACUAUGAUAUAAUCCUAAAGACUGACCACUCAGAGCUUUUGAGAAAGUCAUCAGACCCGACCAUCCAAGAAAUGCAGCACUUGGCAGCUGUAACUGGCCACUUGAUUGUAUCGCAGAGUGACUACGAUUAUUUGAAUAAGACCGUAAAUGAACCAUCAAGAAACUUCAUCAUUGAAAAGGCAAAGGAUAUCGGUAUGGUUACUAUCGAACAGAAAGAGUAUGAAAAGUUAGUUCAUAAGGGCAGUGAUAAAACAAUGUUACUCGAAUCUAUUAAGAAUUUUGGAUUUGUUCCAGUCACUGCGCCAGAUUUCAAUUCCUUUAAACAAAAGUCAAUCGACAAUGUUGACAUCGACCAAUUAACUAACAGAUUGGAAACAUUGGGUUACGUUGCAGUUUCAAAAGAAGGAUACUCAAAAUUAAUGGCUCCCGUUAUAGAUAAAGUAACUAAAGAUGAAACUUUUAAACUCUGUGACAAAUACAAUCUAAAGCCUGUUGCUGCUGAAGCAUACCAGAAAUUACAGGAAAGCUCGAAAGUUGCACUACUUUCAGAGGAUGAAUUGAUUAAGAAAGUCAAGGAACAUGGUCAUGUGGUCUUAGAUAGUAAGUCUUACGAAGAUUUGAUAAACAAAUCAAACAAUCCACAACUAAAAGAUUUAUCCAGACACCUCUCAACCUAUAAAAUGGUUCCCGUACAGCUGAACGAAUAUGAAAAUCUAAUGGCUAUGAAAGACUCUCCCUCAUUGACGUUUUUGAAGGAGAAGGCUAAACUUCAUCAUCAAACUAUGUUACCAUUCGAUGAACUGGAGGGCUUGAAAUCGAAAUUAGAGCACCCAUCUAGAGAAUAUUUAGAAAACAUGGCUGGAACUCUUGGACUCGCCCUGUUACCAAUUGAAUCUAUUGAAGAGCUCAAGACCUCAUAUGAAAAUCCUUCUAUUGCACACUUAUCAAAUAGGGCAAGCAAUAUUGGCAAACGUUUGAUCGAUCAACAGAAAUAUGACAAUUUGCAAAGAAAAACAAACGAACCUACGGUGAAAGAAGUGGAACAACUGGCUGCUAGAAUUGAAUGCAAGGUUCUACCAACUGUCGAGUACGAAGAGCUACAGCUCGCAAUCAAUAACCCUUCAAUCAAAAGAUCAAAGGAGGUUUGCGACAUCAAUGGGUAUAGCGUAGUUCCCACGAAAAAGUUCAAUGAACUUCAACUUAACUUGACUAGUCCAUCUUUAGAAUUCUUGCAAGAAAAAGCGCAGCAACACAAACAAGUUUUACUACCGAUUGAAGAACAUAAUAAGUUACAAAUGUCAGCAGUUACUGACGAGCAGGGUUUACAGAGAAGUGCGAGAAGUCUCGGACUUGUAGUUGUUCCGGAAGCUGAUUAUGAUUCUUUGUCCAAUCCUUCCCUGCACAUCCUACAAAAGCAAAUAACAGAAAAAGGUCAUGUGGUACUUGAUGCUGAGACCUACAAAAGUCUCAAUUCCUCAAAUGUUGAUUCAAUUUCCAAACAGGAGGUGAUAGGUCUGUGUUCAAAGUUCGAUUUGAUUCCUCUACCUGAAAAACACUAUAAGGAGUUAACAGUUCCUUCGAUAGAGAAAGUAAAACAGCUAGUCGAACCAUUAGCGCUAACUGUUAUUGACCGUGAGGAAUUGGCUUUCUUGAAGACCCAAGUUGAUAAUCCAUCUGAAGAAUCAGUUGUAGCGACCGCGCCAAAAUACGGGUACAAGCUCCUGGGUGACAAGGAAUAUGAGAAUUUACAAAACGAGGCCAAAAAACUCUCUUCUCUCACCAAAAUUGAUAUUGAAAAACUUGCAGCGAAAUUGGGUCUUGUUGUUCUUAGUGAAGAAUCAUACGAUGCUCUUAUUGAAAAACUGAAAAAAGAGGUUGAAGUUUCUUCAAUGUCACCAAGAUCGAAAGUCGCAGCAAGCAAGCUAUAUUUCGAAAAUGUUAUCAAGAAAGAGAAUUCAAAUAAAGAGGUGGUAUUAGAAUCAGGAAAGUUAUUAGGAUUUGUAAGACUUUCAAACGAUGAGUACAAAAGGCUUCUCGAGAAUCAACAAAAGCACGAAUUAACAAAGACGGAUAUUUAUAAUGGGGCAAAAGCCUUUGAUCUCACUGUUCUUCCCUCCGAAGAAUAUAAUAACUUAUUACAAAGAAAGGCGCAUAGUGAUAAUAUUACAUAUGACGAUUUACAGUUGUAUGCUUCACGUUUUGCUUUGAAGUUGGUCCCUGUUAAUUUCACAGAUGAAGAACUCGAGAAACAUAAUAAUCAACGUGUCGGCGAUUAUGGCUCUAGGCCUGCAUUAAAUCUCCAUCCCUCUGUGAACCAUUCCACUGUUAGUUUCAAUUCUGUAAGCACAGGUGACACUGAUUAUUAUGAUGCGCUACAAAGUAGCAGCUCCUUCAACCUCAGAAACAGCCCUUCGAAGUCAAGCAUGCAUACAUCUUCCACUCAUUAUACCGAUGCCAAUGAUUUCCUUGGUUCUGAUAAUGAUAAUGUUUCACUGGCAUCAACGAUAAAAGAUAAUGAACCGACAUUGGAGGACUUGCAAAGACAUGCAGAAGUUUUAGGUUACAACCUUAUUGAAAAGGAUAUCGAUUGUCAUCAAAAUCAUUACUCUACAUCAUUGACACCUGAAGAUUUGACAAAGGAUAUCAUUUACUCUGCUGCACCGCAAUUCGGAUUAUCUGUGGUGCCAACUGAGGAAUUUAUAGAGAUGGAGAAACUUAUCACUUCAGAGAGGUUAACACCAGAUUCUAUUCGUGAGAGUGCGAAGAAGUAUGGCUUAAUAGUUUUAACUGAAGCUGAACAUUCUCAACUUGUUAAAAAAUCUACUCAAUUGAUCGCGCCAGCUCCAAUAAUCUCAACAGAAACAAUUAAACAGAAAGCUAGAGAACAUGGCCUCGUACCAGUAGCAACAAAUGACUACCUGAAGCUUAUCAAACCUGAUAGUGCUGAUGAUAUCAAGGAAAAAGCGUCAAAGCUGGGUAUUGUCACAUUAGCCGAAGAAGACUACAAGGAAAUUAAAAAGCCUUUGACUCGCGAGCUACUGGAAGCAAGGGCCAAAGAACUAGAACUCGUCACGCUACCAGUUUUAGAAUACAGUGCCCUCAAAAAACCGUUGACAGUUACAGACAUAAAACAGAAAUGUGAAGAUUGGGGUUUAGUUCCUAUAGAAAAAGACAUAUAUGAAGACCUUUUGAACAAGUUCAACGAUGACUCUGUCAGUGAAUGGGCGAAAGAACAUGGGAAAGUUAUUGUCUCGAAAGACGAAUAUGACCAUCUGUUGGAAGUCGAGGAUCAAGCGGCUUCUGUUGCAAUGACUAGGGAUGAGUUGAUAGAAAGAGCCCAUGAGCUCAACAUUAUACCGAUUGAUGCUGACAAAUUUGAAGAAAUACAACGCGAAUUAGCUUCCUCCGGCAGAAACAGUAUGACGGAGGACGACGUUGUUUUGAAAGCUAAAGAAUUAGGAUUUGUGCCUAUCCCAGUGUCCCAGUAUGAUCCAAAUACCGCGAUUGGUAUUUCUAAAGACGAUCUCAUGAUACGCGCACGAGAUCUUGGUCUUGUUCCCAUUCCUAUUGAGCAGUUUGAACAGAUUAAGAAAGAAUUGGAGACGCCAACCUUGACCAGGGAACAAAUAGUUGAGCAUGCCGCUGAUUUCAAUUUGAUAGCUUUAGAUUUAACGGAGUACAAACGUUUGAAGAAGGGUUCGUAUUUGAUGGAUAACGACAAUGACACUGAUUCUGAAGAAGAUGAAGAGGAAGAAGAAGACGCAGAGGUCGUUGACUCUGAGAUAAAACAAUUAAACAAAGCUGCUAAGAGAUUUGGCUUACUAUGUAUUCCAGAAAGCGCAUUUGUCGCCACAUCCAAUGCAAAUACUCCAGAUGUCCAUAAUGUUGUUGUGUUGCCGAUCAAAUAUUAUAAUUCUCUAUUACAUCAAGAGUCUGAAAAUUGGGCGAAGAUUACUGAUGAGAAUUUGCAAGCGGAAGCCAAGAAGCGUGGUUUCCAAGUUGUCGUUAAUUUGAGAAAGGACUUUGGCGAUGGCUUUACUCAGGGGCAUAGAAGAAAUUCUUCAUUGGCGACUCGGUCUGUCAUUUCAGAGGAUGCUAGAAGAUCCAUGUCAGAAGCUGCUGCUAAUGCUGCAAUGAGCGAAAUGGAGCAACAGACCAGAUCCAGAGCCCCAUCAAGAUCUUCUUCAAUCAAACGUCCGUCGCCUUCACUUCAAACUAAUCAAGCAUCACUGCUUACACACAGCGAGUCUAUGGCUACUGGUUUAUCUUUAGCUACAAUGGCGUCCCUCAGCGCUCCAAGUAUCAUCCCAGCAUUGACCCAAACUAUGAUUGGUGAAUACUUGCACAAGUACUAUCGUCGUUUAGGUGGAUCUCUGUUCCAAUCUUCACGUCAUGAAAGAUACUUCUGGGUUCAUCCUUACACUUUAACCUUGUAUUGGUCUACGUCCAAUCCUGUGCUUGAGAACCCAGGGAACAACAAAACCAGAGCGGCAGCUAUUAUGGGUGUAGAGAGCGUCGACGAUCCAUGUCCUUUCCCCGCUGGUUUGUACCAAAAAAGUAUCAUCGUGAAAACAGAAGGCCGUGAUAUUAAGUUGACAUGUGCUACCAGACAAAGACAUAAUAUUUGGUUCAAUUCUCUACGUUACCUACUUCAAAGAAAUCUUGACGGGAUUAACUUAGAUGACAUGCUUAGAGACGACAACAAUGUUGAUUCAAAUACUAUCUACCAGUUGCCAGGAGAAAGUUCUCAAACUGCAACCAGAAGGUUAUCUUCAACAAGAAGGGCUAGUUCUUCGUCUUACGUGAAAAGAUCAACUUCGAAAUGGUCUUUGCGUGCAAAUUGA